GGGGCUCGGCGGAGGGGCGGGCGGGGCGGGGCGGGCCGGGCCGCGGGCCCUAUAAACACCGGGCGCCGCCGCGUUCUGGCCGAGCGGCGCGGUGCAGCGCAGCGGCUGCCGCGGUGGAACCGGGCCGAGAGCCGCCGAGGGGAGGGUCAAAGGUUUUAUACAUGGGAAGACAGGAAAGAUGGAUUAAUCAUCACUAAUCUGUAAAGUGUUGCUUGAUGCAGUCAUCUUUGUGUGCCUCUGGGCAUCUUCCUAAUUGCCUGUGACAUAACUUACAAAUCACGUUAAACAGCAAAGUGUUAGCCUGUAGCUCCAACCAGAAAUCAUGAACAGGCACUUCCCACUUCUCUUUGUUCUUGGGACUUUAACAUCUGUAUGUUCCCAGUUCAGUUUUUAUCCUUUGGAGGAACUUAGCUCUGAUGUUGGAAUCCAGGUCUUCAAUCAGAUAGUGAAAGCUAAGCCUCAGGACAAUGUUGUUGUUUCUCCUCAUGGGAUUGCAUCAGUCCUGGGGGUGUUGCAGCUGGGUGCUGAUGGCAAGACAAAGAAGCAGCUGACAACUAUGAUGAGAUACAGUGUAAAUGCAGCAGGAAGCAAAGAGGAGAGCCAGCAUCAUGAGACCAGCCAGCUCUCCCCGGACCACCAGCAAGUGCUCCGUGGACCACCAGUGGUCCACAGAAUACAGUUUGAGAACCUCUGUUAUGGAGUUGGUAAAGCGUUAAAGAAGAUAAACAGGCUCAUAGUCUCAAAAAAGAAUAAAGACAUUGUUACAAUUGCUAAUGCAGUGUUUGCAAAGAGUGGCUUUAAAAUGGAAGUGCCUUUUGUUACAAGGAACAAAGAGGUGUUUCAGUGCAGUGUCAAGAGUGUGGACUUUGAAGACCCAAAUGCAGCUUGCGAUUCCAUCAACCAGUGGGUGAAAAAUGAAACGAGGGGUAUGAUUGAUCAGGUUGUAGCUCCAGAUGAUAUUGAUGGCAGUUUGACCAGACUGGUUCUAGUAAACGCUGUGUAUUUCAAGGGCUUAUGGAAAUCACGAUUUAGACCUGAAAAUACAAAGAAACGUCCAUUUUAUGGAGCUGAUGGGAAGACCUACCAAGUUCCUAUGCUGUCCCAGUUAUCUAUCUUCCGUUGUGGCACUACAAGUACUCCAAAUGAGCUGUGGUACAAUAUCAUUGAGUUGCCAUACCAUGGUGAAAUGAUAAGCAUGUUGAUUGCUCUGCCUACUGAAAGCACAACGCCACUCUCUGCUAUCAUUCCCCACAUCAGCACAAAAACCAUAGGAAGCUGGAUGACCACCAUGGUAGCAAAAAGAGUGCAGGUUAUUUUACCCAAAUUUACAGCAGUAGCAGAAACAGACUUAAAGGACCCUCUGAAAGCACUUGGUAUUACAGAUAUGUUUGACCAGUCAAAGGCAAACUUUGCAAAAAUAACAAGAACAGAAGGUCUUCACGUAUCUCAUGUUCUGCAAAAGACAAAAAUUGAAGUUAGUGAAGAUGGAACCAAAGCUUCUGCAGCAACAACUGCAAUUUUAAUAGCCAGGUCAUCCCCUCCUUGGUUCAUAGUAGAUAGGCCAUUUGUCUUUUUCAUCCGGCACAAUCCUACAGGCACAAUCUUGUUUAUGGGACAAAUAAACAAACCUUGAAUGUGGAAAAGACUUUCUUCAAGAAGUAAACACUCCUGUGACACACCCCAGUUCUGUUAAAUAUUUUGUACGCUACUCUGACUUCACUCAAGAGCUAGUUUUAACUGCUGACUAGGUUUUGAAACGGGAGUCGAUGUAGUUCUGGCUUUGGGGGGAAAAUACAGAUUGAAAACUACGGUAUUUCUUCAAACUGUCUAAAAGAUUCUCUAAACUACUGAAUGGUUACCUAUGCUAACAAACUUUUGAGCUUUUUCUGUAUCUACUAAGAAUUUUACGUAUGGCUUUUGUGAGAGGAUUUUAACAGAAUGAUAGAUGUUUCUAUUAAUGUUGGUUUCUUGUGUGUGGAAAGUCUAACUUUUGUAAUACCACUUAUCAAGACUACUUUUUGUUCUUGAGUAUCUUGGUACCUGGAUAUUCUUGGUAGAAAUAGAUUAAAGUUCUAGCAAUUUUUAUAUAGUGCAUGUAUCACUGAGAGUUUUAAAACUAAUGUGGUGUUCGAUACACAUCGCAUUGUCUGUCUUAUUGUAAUGUAAACUUGUCAUUGCUAGUAUACACUUUCUAUUGGAUUUAAAUUUUAUAUUUGUUUUUGUACAAAGGAAAAAAUAAAAGUGCAUUAUGAACAGUCA